UGUUACAUUUUAUUUCCAGUGAUUUAUAUACGUUUGAAUGGGUGCAGUUUUCAUAGACUGACUCUAUUAUAUUACAUUAAAAGUGUUUAUAAACUGUACCUACUGCAUCCUUUGGGGAGGAGCUUUUAGGCGCGUGUCCUGUAUUAGCCGUGCACUCUGUGGGCGUGGUUUUACGGUUGAUUGACAGCUACGGAGUUCCAGCAGUCUAUAAAAGAUGGUGGGCGCGCGCAGCAGCAAGCAACAGGAGAAGGUUCACGUGCGGCACGGCACUGUGGAAUCCAGCGGCGUUUGUGUGGGAGAUAAACGGAAACACUCGCAGUCAUCUUGAACCGAGAGCUCGAACAAGUCUGAAUUAAUAAACUUUCUCAACAUGGCAAAUCCCAGACAACGGUGGAGGAUGUACAAGACGGUAGCUCUGAUGUUCCUCGUGGCUGUGCUGAUGAUCAGCGUGGUUCACAGAGGAUUUGACGGCAAAAGAGGGGACUUGCAGAUCGAGAGGAAUGCACGCAUGCAGAAAGAAACGAUAAAAUAUUGGAAAGAAAAGCAGGACAAAUCGACUGAAGUCAGCAUAGAACCUAUAUAUGAAAGAGACGUAGCCAGAACAUGGGACAUCACAAGCACGAACUGCAGUGCUCACAUGAAUAUUUCUUCUACAGAAGGUUUCGAUGCUCUGGAGCAGAACUUUAAACAGUUUCUCCUCUACAGGCACUGCAGAUAUUUCCCCAUGAUCAUCAACCACCCAGAGAAAUGUUCCGGAGACUUGCACCUCCUCAUGGUAAUAAAAUCCAUUAUAUCGCAGCACGACAGACGUGAAGUGAUCCGGCAAACCUGGGGAAAGGAGCAGGUUAUAGACGGCAAGAAGAUCAAGAUUCUCUUCCUGUUGGGAACUUCCUCCAAUGAAGUGGAGAAGGCGAACCACCAGAAGCUUCUGGAAUACGAAGAUUAUAUCUACGGCGACAUCCUGCAGUGGGAUUUCAUGGAUACAUUCUUCAAUCUCACCUUAAAGGAGACCCACUUCCUGAAAUGGUUCUCCACCUACUGUGGGAACGUACGCUACAUUUUCAAAGGGGAUGACGAUGUCUUCGUUAGCGUGACGAACAUUCUUGAGUAUCUGGAGACCAGCAAGAACAUGAAGGACCUGUUCGCCGGAGAUGUCCUGUUCCGUGCGAAGCCCAUCCGACGGAAACAGAACAAGUAUUACAUCCCACAUGUGCUGUAUAACAAGACGCAUUACCCACCCUAUGCAGGAGGUGGGGGCUUUUUGAUGGACGGCCCACUGGCACGACGGCUCUAUUCGGCAUCAGAAAUGCUGAAUCUGUUUCCGAUUGAUGACGUGUUCCUCGGAAUGUGCUUAGAGGUGCUUCAGGUGACACCUAUAAAACACAACGCGUUCAAAACCUUUGGCCUAAUGAAGGAUAAAAAGAGCAAAAUGAACAAAGAGCCUUGCUUCUACAAGAGCAUGAUCGUGGUCCAUAAACUCCUCCCACAGGAGCUUCUGGACAUGUGGAAGUUGGUCCACACUGACCUCGUUUGCACACAAAACCUUGAGCUGUUACAGGAAGCAUCAAAAAUCAGAAGCAACUUUAAUGGAAUGUAACUAGAUUUGAUGUAACCGCACUUGCCUUAAGCUCGUCUUGGUGUCCAAAUGAAUUCUGACUAGUGCUGUACUCUUACAGCCAUUUACCUAAUGAGUUAGCAAACGAUUAGUAGCUAGGCUACUAAUUAUUUUCGCUGACAGUCGCAUCAGUAUGAUAUUAAUUUGCGACACGUCCUUGUUUACAUAAAGGUCAGCAAAUGUAAGAUGUUUUUUUAGGUGCACACUGUAUGACAGUUUUUUGACCGAGUUCCUCCAUUUUGCUUGGCGAAAAAAAACGUGUGCCGUUUGGAUGGUAACGCAAAGAACUUUCAACGUGUUUAAAGCAGCAUUGCAUGUCCUUCCUGGAGAGGGCGGUUUUGAUACGAGUUUUAUGAAGGUUAAAAAAAUUUUUUAGUGAUAUUAUUAUUAUUAUUAUUAUUUUUAAGUACACUAUGGUGAUAAGAGGGUAUUAGGUGAUUCUUGUGGUUUAUAAUUUUUUUUCUUAUUUCUACUGAUUUGUAAAUGUAUUUAAAAUAUCAUUAGAUGUUCUAAUGAAAUAGAAGGGAGCAAAAAAAAUUCUCUACCUCACUCAUGGAGUUCUGAAGGCUGUAUGAACUAUUUUUGUUUUGUUUUAAUCUAAAGCAGUGUUUUGUUUUGGUUUUUUCUUCAGUUUUUAACAUGCCUUCCUGCACUUUCCCCUUGAACUGCUAAUGUGAGGUUUAUUAGAUGAGCAUGAUAGGGAGUUGACAUCGCUGUUCUCUGCCAAGAGGAGAAUCAGAGAAGCAACCAAAUGGACAAGAGAAUCUCUCAGCCUGGUGCUACCACCACAAUGCUUCAACUUGGUUGUAACUACAAAAUGGGGGAAAUUUGAACGGGGUGAAUACUUCUACACGGUACUGUAUAUUGGAGCAAUACAAGGUUUUAAUGUUUAUUAGGUUUUACUUGUCGAUUCUGAUCGUGACUGUUCGGUAGUUCGCUUUUCAUGUAGUUCAUACAAAACUGUCAAUUUUUGAGGAAACUAUACACUACACACACUGCUCCAUAUGCUUUAAUUGCCCAUCGACUUCCCAUAAAGUGUGUAACAUGUGCAAAGGUACUUUUUUUUUUUUCAAAAAAUAGUACUGAAAUACAGGCUAGCAUUUACUAGGUAGCAGUUAAUAAUUUUCAAAUUUCUCCAAGUCUGUGUCUCUUGUCCCACACUCUUGUCUGUGUUUUGUAAUGUUCACUGUUUAUCAGUGUAAAGUUUGUAAAUGUGUGUAAAGCUGUGUCUCAAAUCAUACACCUGAAAUGUAAACAUGCCUAAUGUGUAGUUCAUUCUGCGGAGAAGGUUAAUAUAUUUAACUUGAUGCUAAAAUGGGGUGAAUUUUGUCUUCUGUACAUUUGUUCAGUAAAUGUCAUCCAGAUCUUUUUCUGUACUUUAUUUAUUCACAUUUGGGAUGGUAACAUUACAGUUAGUGUGCACACUCAAACCACACACUUCUAUACUACAUGACAUGAGACACAGCAGUUAUUAUUAUUAUUAUUGACAUUUUCCAGCCACACAGGGUAAUAUUUUGUUUUUCCAUCACUUUACAGCAGGAAAAAAACUCACUAAGAUCAGACAGCCCAAUGUACAUUAUAAACUGUGAAAUUAAUAAAUACUUUGGUACUUAAAUUAAAUUGAAGAUAGACUAAGCUUACGGUUUAGGGUCUAUGAUAUUUAACUUUUCUUCUGAAUUUUUUAAAUUCUGACUUGAAAUUACUGAAAUUGUUGAAAUCAGCAAGAAUGUGGGGACAAUAAUUAUAAAAUAAAGGUUUAUAAAGACAAAGAUGUCUGUUCUUUCUUUCUUUCUCUCUCUCUCGUUACACUUUGGUGUCAUUUUCCCCCCCAAUUUGUAGUAAAGUGUAAAAACCACUCUGUGUGUGUUAAUUAACUAACCCACCCUGAGACCUAAACAGUUUCAUAUAAAUACAUCCAGUAGUGCAGCUGUAAAUCACAAGCUUACAUUAAUGUGCUUGCUCUAAUAUGUUUCUGUUUCUAUAGUAACAGCUCAUUCACAGGGAUGUGGAUGGUGGAUACACCAUAUAAACUGAUAUGGGGAAGUCUGGUUAGGCCAUUC